AUACUCACGCGCGCUUUUACGUUUGAGAACUUCCUUAGUUUUUUUCAGUUAAUUUUACUAUACGGUGAUUAAAGAGCAAUGUUGUGACAAAUCAAAAGACUCAUUGUGUCUGAUAAAAAGUGACAACUGCAUUCUUAAAAGGUCAAAAGAUGCAAUGGUUGCGAUGGUAGUGCGGAAUACUAUAAUGCAGCUCUCCGCUACGUUGAUAGCAUUGUUGUCGAUCCACGUGGCUGAUGAAGGACAUGCUGUUAAUCCAAGUUGUUCGUGUAUCCGGUUCACGGCUGGGGCGGGCGGCGCAUCGCGCGGUACGUUCAGCAGCCCAGACUUUCCUCAUGCGUACCCUCGCGCCCUCUGCCUUCUUUACACAUUCAUCGCGCAACCCCACCAGAUCAUUGAAAUUAUAUUCAGUGAUUUCGACGUGUAUAAGGACCAUCUCGAUUGCUCAAGAGGAGACUAUAUAAAGGUGUACUGGGAAGUGCAAGGUCCUGGGCCUCCUGGAGCCAUCAACGAAAGGUCGGGCUGGGCAAAGCAACUCUGUGGCGGUCGUGCUGAUAUCCCGCCCGCCCUGUACUCGCCUGGGCAGUCCUUGGUGCUGGAGUUUCACACAGGAGCUAGGCAGAAUAAUGCAACCGGCUUCUUAGGAACAUUCAGUUUUAUAGAUAAACGUCUUUUCGAGACAGAAGGCGUACAGCUUCCAGGAACAGAGUGUGACUACCAAUUUAGUAGAUCCGGCAACCGUCCUUCACAUGGCCGCCUCUACAGUCCCAGUUACCCGUCGAUCUACCCUAACAACGUGCGAUGUUCCUACCAUUUCCAUGCAAGACCAAAAGACCGCGUCAAAGUAGUCUUUGAAGAAAUAUUCUUACAAAAAGGAGAUGUGAGUUGCCUGCGCCGAGCGGAUAUCAUCAAGGUGUUCGACGGGCGAGACACGGAGGCGCCAACAAUAGCUAUGCUGUGCAACGAGCUUACAGGAUAUGAGGUUCUGUCUACGGGUCCAUCACUCUUGCUACAGUUCACGGCCAACUCCGCGACACCAGGCCAGGGUUUUGCUGCAACAUAUCACUUUCAGCCACCACCAGACUCAACUGCAGCCGAUUCCGAUCGUCUUCUUAAAUUAAGUUUUGGGAAAGCGUUCGAGUCACUGGGGCCGGAAGUUAGUGCAACAACUUCCUCCUGCCAUCAAGAAUUUAACAGCGACGGGACGAAGCAUGGUACGCUAACUUCACCUCACUAUCCUCUUGCAUAUCCUUCGAAUACCCACUGUCAUUAUGAGUUUUUUGGACGGGGAAAAGAACGAAUUAGGCUGAUAUUUCAAGAUUUCUUCUUAUACAAACCGACGGAUGGCUCACUUGAAUGUUCGAAUAUUGAUUCCCUUCAAGCUUUUAUUAACGUUGAUGGAAGAUUAGAAAAUGUAGCAACUUUCUGUGGUGUGGAUCUUCCAAAACCUAUCAUGUCAAAUGGCCCUAAACUUAUGCUGGAAUUUCGAGGGACACAAUCCUCAAGACACGCUAGGGGAUUUAAAAUUUCAUAUUCGUUUGUUGAAAAUUUUGGUAUAUCAUCAGGAAGACAACUUAAAGAAUUUCCUUGUGCUUUCGUGUAUAAUAGCACAGAAGCUCGAAAUGGUACCUUUGCAUCUCCUAACUCUCCUGGCCCAUACCCUAGGGAUACAGAAUGUUCUUAUUUUUUUCAUGGAGGACAAACUGAAAAAGUGCACCUUCACUUUACUCAUUUUGAUAUAGAAGGCGUAUCACCGUGUGAAGCUGAAUCAGCAAGUGAUUACGUAGAGUUUUCUAAUUACAUGACUGAAGACAAUAGAUAUGGUAGAUACUGUGGACAGCAGAAAGAAUUUCACGUAGAAUCUGAACGAAACUUUUUCAAAGUAACAUUUCGAUCAAAUGAUCGAUUAGAUGGCACUGGGUUUAAAGCUAUUUAUCAGUUUUUAGAAGCAUCUGAUGAGUAUCAGGCACCAAUAUCUGAUUACGCAUCGUCACUGCUCCCUCUGCGGUUGUGGUUGAUACUGCUCGUCUUCGUUUCAGCUUACCUGCAUCGGUUUUAUCAUUAAAUAAAGUGAUAUUAGGUUUAUUAUAUAUAGGUAGUUUAAUAAUCCUGUACAUUUUGUACCAUAGUCUGUGCCAUAUACUUGUAAUUUGAAAGUAGGGAUUUAAAUUUUUCUAUUAAGCGAAUGGUAAAUCUUCCUCUUACCAACUAAA